GCCCACCCACAGUGGCCAAUGGCUGGGGCGUCCCUAUUUGAGGCGGAGCCGAGUCACGUGCCUGGAAGAAAGAACAAGCGGGGCAAGGGGUUGGAGCAGCCAUGGCAGCUCCAGAGUCGCUCUCCCCCGCGGGCGCCGCGGGCGAGGAGGCGCCGGAUGAGGACGAGGAUGAGGCGGAGGCCGAAGACCCUGAGCGGCCGGCGGGAGCGAGCGGAGCGCGCGGCGGCGGCGGCGGUGGAGUCAGUGGCGGAGCCGGAGCUGGGGGCUGUGUCGGGCCGGGGGGCGCGCUCACCAGGCGCUCGGUAACACUGAGGGUGCUCCUCAAAGACGCACAGCUGGAGCCCGGCGCUGGGGUGCUGUCUAUCUACUACCUGGGGAAGAAAUUCAUGGGGGACCUGCAGCCAGAUGGGAGGAUUGUGUGGCAGGAAACCGGGCAGGUGUUCAACUCACCCAGCGCCUGGGCCACCCACUGCAAGAAGCUGGUGAACCCAGCCAAGAAGUCGGGCUGUGGCUGGGCCUCUGUCAAGUACAAGGGCCAGAAACUGGACAAAUACAAGGCUGCCUGGCUCCGGCGGCACCAGCUCCAUGUGCCUGCAGCUACUGCCGAGGAGAGCCCGGCCAGCGAAGGGGAGGAGGAGGAUCUGCUGAUGGAGGAAGAGGAGGAGGAAGUUCUGGCAGGGGUCUCAGCGGAGGACAAAAGUCGAAGACCACCUGUGAAGGGCCCCUCAGAGCCUGCCCACGCCGAGGCUGCACCCCUGGGGAAGCGAGUGGAAAGCAAGACCCGGACGCCAGUGCGAUACUGCAUGUUGGGCAGUCGAGACUCUGCCAGGAACCCCCACACCCUGGUGGAAGUAACAUCGUUUGCAGCCGUCAAUAAGUUCCAGCCAUUCAACGUGGCCAUCUCCAGCAACGCGCUGUUCCUGCUGGACUUCCACAGCCACCUAACUCGCAGCGAGGUCGUGGGGUACCUGGGGGGACGCUGGGACAUCAACAGCCAGAUGCUCACUGUGCUGAGAGCCUUCCCCUGUCGCAGCCGGCUGGGGGACGUGGAUGCUGCAGCCGCCAUGGAAGAGGAGAUCUACCAGAGCCUGCUCCUGCGCGGCCUGUCCCUGGUGGGCUGGUACCACAGCCACCCGCACAGCCCGGCACUGCCGUCGCUGCAGGACAUCGACACACAGAUGGACUACCAGCUGCGGCUGCAGGGCUCCAGCAAUGGCUUCCAGCCCUGCCUUGCCCUGCUCUGCUCCCCUUACUACUCUGGCAACCCGGGCCCCGAGUCCAAGAUCUCCCCCUUCUGGGUGAUGCCACCCCCUGAGCAAAGGCCCAGUGACUACGGCAUCCCUAUGGACGUGGAGAUGGCCUAUGUCCAGGACAGCUUCCUCACUAAUGACAUCCUUCAUGAGAUGGCGCUGCUGGUGGAGUUCUACAAGGGUGCCCCGGACGCGGUGCGGUUCCAGGAGCCCUGGGACCCAGAGCACACCUGCCUCGACAAGCUGAAGAUCUCCCUGGCCGGCAGGAUGCCCAAGGACCAGGGCCUGUGCCACGUGCUGGAGCAGGUGUGCAGCGUCCUCAAGCAAGGCGUCUGAGGACCGGGGGGGGGGGCCUCCUGGUCAGACUCGGAGCCCCUCCCCCAACUCUCGGCAGCUCUGGGUGAGGGGGACAGGAUUUGGGGGUUCGUCUGCGACUGCGUUGCUCCAUUCCUGUGACUGAUGUGGUGGCAGGGGCUUAUACAAUAAAGAAACAGCCCAGGCACCGGU